AUGAAUGCUGCCACCUCCUUUGCAAUCAUAGAGUUGAAGCGGGAGUUUUCGGAGAACAAAGCAUCCCGACUGACUAACUCUGAUCCAGACUUCAAACUCCUAAAAAUAGCGCAAAAUGACACAGCUAAAUUCCUCAAAUCAAACCCGGAUAUCUGCGUUUUACCCGCAGAUAAAGGCAACCGCGAGGCCGUUAUGAUGACGGAAGACUACGACCAAAAAAUGCAAACACUUCUUAGCGACACAGACACAUACACCAAGAUUAAGGCAGAUCCCACUCAUAAAUACCAAACAUCCAAUAACAACUUCGCACUCCGACUACUAGACCUCAAACUCAUAGACUACCACACCGCCAAUAGACUAAGGACCUCAACAGCAACCUGUCCAAGAAUAUACGGACAACCCAAAGCUCAUAAACCCGAACUUCCCCUCAGACUAGUUGUACCAGGGAUGACUAGCCCCAGUUACGAACUUUCGAAAUACAUUUGCAAAAUCUACCAAGCCUCCAUCAGCACUAAAUACAAUAUUAGUGACUCGAGGAGCUUCUGUCAAUUCAUCAAUACCAUAACCAUACCACCGAAUCAUAGGAUGAUAUCGCUGGAUGUAGUAUCCCUGUUCACCAAUAUUCCGAAAGACCUAGUGAUACGUGACACUAUCAACAACUGGGACAGUAUCAAAACAAACACAGCCAUCAACCUCGAUCUUUUCAUAGAGGUCGUCACAUUCUGUAUGGAUUCCAGCUAUUUCGUGUUCAGAAACCAACACUAUCAUCAGAUCGCAGGCACAGCCAUGGGAAAUCCGCUCUCACCUACUUUGGCAGAUCUAAUUAUGGAAACUCUCAUCGACACCGUUAUACGCCAUCUAAGUUUCUCUAUCAAAGUAUUGCGCAAAUACGUUGACGACCUCUAUCUGAUAGUUCCACACGACAAAAUAGGAGAUGUUCUAAAGGCUUUCAACUCAUACCACCCCAACAUCCAAUUCACCUUCGAGGAACAAAAGGAAGGCAGACUACCAUAUCUCGACAUGACUCUCGUCAGACAACAAGACGACACCAUACGCACAGAAUGGUAUAUGAAGUCCAUCGCAUCAGGCCGCUUCCUUAAUUUCCGUUCCAUCCACCUUUUUUCACAAAAACUGAACGUCGUCUACAAUCUCAUAGAACGCGUAUACCACCUGUCCACCAACAUGAACGACAUUCAAAAACGGAAAAUUAUCGCACAACAACUCACUUUUAAUGAUUAUCCCCGAAGUCUAAUUAACAGAUGCUUGAAUCGUAUGAAUAACAAACUCAACCAAAAGAACGAUAAUAAUAGUUCAAAUAGAGAGAGCAUUUUAAAGCCGGACCCCACGUACAGAUCACUCCCAUACAUACCACAGCUAACCCCGCAAAUUAUCAAAAUCUUCCGCCCCAACUACUCAAAUGUUACCAUAGCCACCAAAAGCAUCAAUACAGUGAGCAACCUAUACACCCGCAUCAAAGACACGCUGCUAAAAAUGCACCACCACAACGUGAUAUACCGUAUCCCUUGCCAGACAUGUGAGUGCACAUACGUGGGCAUGACCAGGAAUCUAUUAAAAACAAGACUGUCUGGACACCGUAGCAAUAUAAGCAAACUCGAAGAACUACUGAACGCUGGUCUCACACAUGUGGACUCGGAUAUCAUGCAACUCAGAGAAAAAACCGCUCUCGUCGCUCAUUGCAUUGACCAUGACCAUCGCUUUGAUCUCACCGCCACUACUAUAUUAGAUCAGACACAGAAGCACUCAUCUCUGCCUUUUUUGGAAAUGAUAUGGAUAUAUAACAACAACACGACCGAAAUUCAAGGCAAGCUUGACCCAGUUUCAUUGGGUGUCAAAGAGGUAUAUUACCGACCCAAUGGAGAAGCAACUGUUAGGUGUGACUCCCGUGAAUCAGCACUUAAAUUGCUCAGUACAGUGAAAGCGAAUCUGUCUGAGAAGUAUAACGCCGACGUCCAGAAAGCUCUAAAACCCAGAGUAAAAGUUGCUGGUUUUACUGACGACAUCACUGCGGAAAACUUCGUGGAAAAACUAAUUCAGCAAAAUAAUUUUCCUCAGCCUGCCAACCUGACGGUGAUACGAAUUGUGCGAAACGAAAAACACACAGAUAAUCCGAUGUCUGCCAUUAUUGAAACUGAUGCCAAAACAUUCGAAAAGCUGAUGCAAUUACAACAUGUCAACUUGGGUUGGAUGCGCUGCAAGAAUGUGUAA